AUGGAGGCCGACCACCAGAGACUCGAGCAUUCUGACCCGGCGACACUGGAGAAGCAGAUAGACUCGGAUCGUGCGUCGACUGCACCUUCACUCCACCACACCGACGUUCCGCCCGGCAGAGCACCACAGGCUAUAACCACCCACCGCAAGUUUCUGUCAGAAGAGGAGGCCUUGCAGCAUGCGAGGGAAAACCCCGACGACGAGGAACCUGUCUACCUCGCCUACUCGUUCAACGACGGAGACAACCCACGGAACUGGCCGAAAUGGAAGAAAUGGUACAUCACAUCCUUCGUCAGCAUGCUCAACGUCCUCACCUGCCUUUGUGCUGGUGGGUACAGCUCGGGCAAGGAACAGCUCACGUCCACCUUCGGUGUGUCCUCUGAGGUCGGCACAGUCGGACUGUCCAUGUACAUCCUGGGUUUCGCCGUGGGACCGCUGAUGCUCGCACCAAUGUCCGAAUACUUCGGUCGCAACCCCGUCUACAUGCUGUCAUGGCUUCUGCUGGUCAUCUUCCAGAUUCCACUGGCAUUGGCGCCCAAUAUCGCCACCGUCAUCGCGUGCCGUCUGCUCCAGGGCUUCUUCGGCAGUGCACCGUUGACUAACACGGGCGGCACCGUCAGCGACCUUUGGGCGAGAGAUGAAUGCGGCCCAGCAAUGGCCGUCUACGGCCUGUCAAGCACUGGAGGUCCACCGCUUGCACUCGUCAUCAGCGGUUACGUCGCAAUUAAAAAGGGGUGGAGAUGGUUGUUCUGGGUCUACAUGGCUGUCCUUGGUGGCUUCUGGAUACUGCUUGUAUUCACUGUUCCCGAGACCCGCCACACCAUCAUCCUUGGCAAGAAGACCAAACGCCUCCGCAAGCUCCUGCGGUCUGAAGGCCUCGCUGCCGCCAGAACCAUACGGGACGCCAACUCUGAUGAGAAGGCGGGGCUGGGCACACUGUUUGCUGUCACACUAACUCGGCCAUUCAGAUUCUUAUUCACUGAGCCAAUCACAUUGGCCGCCGCAAUUUACAACGGCUUCAUUUACGGAAUCGUCUACUUAUUCAAUGAGGCCUUUCCACUCGUUUUCGGGCCCGGUGGACACGACUUCAAUACAGGUGAAUGGGGCGCGGCAUUUGUCGGCCUCUUCAUUGGAAGUGUCGUCGCCGUGAUGCUCCAUCCACUCCAAGAACGGUACUAUCUGACACAGGUCGCUCGCAACGACGGCAAGGGUGUACCGGAGGCCCGCAUGCACCUCGCCCGCUUCGGAACCUUCCUCCUGCCCAUCUCGCUGUUCUGGUUUGCUUGGACGAGCUUCCCCAGCGUGCACUGGAUUGUCCCCAUCAUCGCCAGCGCGCUCUUUGGAGCGGGCAUCUACAUCAUCAUCCUCGCCGUUCUCAACUAUGUGGUCGAUUCCUACCAGUCGUAUGCCGCGUCUGCCCUGGCUGGUGUUAUCCUGAUCAGGAACUUGGUUGGAGCUGGUUUUCCCUUGUUUGGGACGCAGAUGUAUGACCACCUUGGUUUGGAGUGGGCCAGCAGCUUGCUUGCAUUUUUGAGCUUGCCCAUGUGUGUCAUUCCGUUUCUCUUCUUCUAUAAGGGAGAGUACCUGCGGCUCAAAAGUCCGUGGGCUAGGGAACAUUUUGCGCAGGAUGAGGACAUGCCUCACUGA